AUGACAGACCAACCAAUCGACAAUCAAGAAAAUAAUGAUGAGCCAAAUGAUGAGUCAAAUGCAAAACGUCGCAGAACAACUGAUGUAUUUGAUACUCUUGGAUCGAGUAUCCAGGGCAUGCAAUCAUCCUUUAGUUCGAUUACAUCUUUAUUUACUAACAGUAUCAGCAACACCUUGGCGAUCAACCAGGCUAUGAAUGAGAUGUAUGAACAAAUGUUCAUGUCAAAUAUCAAAAAAGGCAGUAAAUUGAAACCAUUUGAAGAUAAGAAUGGGUCAGGAAUCCAACUGACCAUUACAAUCACCAACUACAACCGAUAUCCAAUCUCGGGAUUAUCUGCACACUUGACCUUUGAACCUUUUCAUAAAGCAGACACGGCGGCUACAGUUGCUUGGACUUCAGAAUCAGCUUCAGAAACAACAGUGGGAUCUCGAAAUAAAAAAGAUGUAGAGAGAAUACUGGGCUCAAACCAAGGCCAAGAUAAAGACCAGAAUCAAGACCAGAAUCAAAAUCAAAACAGCAUACCUUCUACAACGAUCUACACCGAGAUCUUACAAAUCCAACCAUCAGAACCUUGCCAAUAUAAUAGCAAAUUGUCAGUGUCGGUGUCUAGUCCUGGUACAGGAAAGCCAAUCGAAAAGGAACACAAGUUUGGAUUAUAUCUCAUAGAUCAAUUAAUUAAGACUGUUCACGAGUCAGGAUCAUCAAGUGAAGAAACAAAAGGUUCUGAGAAAGAGUAUUCGACCGUGUUCUUUAGAGAGAUUAUGGGACUUCGCCCCGUGGUUGGGAUACGACCAGGCAUGGAGAUUAGACUCAAGGCCAAACAAAAAGAGGUUAUGUGUAAGGUUGUGGAAUCCAGUGAGAAUCUUGAGACUGUAAAGGCAAUAUUUUAUGGAGAUCAUCAAUUGCUAGACAUAUUAUUACAAGAACUUGAUAUUCUAGACAUUUAA